GCGGUCAUGCAAGAGGCAGGGGUGGAGGUUGUUACUCCUGUCAGCCAUAACCCCCACACUAUCCCCCCACCGCCCCCCUCUCCCUCCCCCCUUGCUCCCUUUUCCUCCACUUCAGGCGGUCAUGCAAGAGGCAGGGGUGGAGGUUGUUACUCCUGUCAGCCAUACUGUAUUCGACCCUGCUGAAGUCAUCCGCAUGAACGGAGGCAAGCCUCCCCUCACAUACCAAGCUUUCUGCAAGCGAGUAGGACAACCCUCGCCGCCCGUCGGACCCGCUCCAGACAAACUACCGCCCCUUCCUCCAGACCUCGUGGCUGGGGGACCCUACCAGGGGGGAGAAUAAAAGCAGAAACGGAAGAAGCAGCAGGGGAUGCACGGAAUUGUGAUCAUAUCGAGGUCUUUGAAGUGCCUGCUUUGAGCGACCUUGGGUAUUCGGAUGCCGAGGCUUCCCCAGAGGAGGACGUCACUCCUUUCCGAGGGGGGGAGACAGAGGCUCUAUGCCGGCUUGACGACUGCCUCUCACGGACGAAAUGGGUGAAGGAGUUUGAGAAGCCCAAGGGUGAUCCUUCCGCCCUCACUCCUCCUGCCACCACUGUGCUCUCUCCUUACCUCAAGUUUGGCUGCCUAUCCUCUCGCCUCAUGUAUGCGCGCAUACAAGAAGUGCUUGCUCGAGUGCCCGGCCACACCAAACCUCCAGUGUCCCUGUUAGGGCAGCUGCUGUGGCGGGAGUUCUUCUACACGGCUUCGUUCGGCACGCCUAACUUUGACAGGAUGCAGGGCAGCGCCAUCUGCAGGCAGAUCCCCUGGAAGGAAGAUCUGAGUUGCUUGCUGCUUGGAGAGAUGCCAGGACAGGCUUUCCGUGGAUCGACGCCAUCAUGGUCCAGUUGCAGCAGUGGGGCUGGAUGCAUCAUCUGGCACGUCACUGCGUGGCAUGCUUCCUCACUCGAGGUGACCUGCUGGUGCACUGGGAGUUGGCCGGGACGUGUUUGACCGGCUGCUGAUCGACUCUGACUGGGCCAUCAACAACGGCAACUGGCUCUGGCUCUCGCCUCUGCCUUCUUCUCUCAGUACCACCGCAUCUACUCGCCCAUCACCUUCGGCAAGAAAUAUGACCCUCGGGAAGUUCGUUCGGCACUUCCUACCUGUGCUCAAAGAUAUGCCAGCGCAGUACAUCUAUGAGCCCUGGACAGCACCACUGGCCGUGCAACGCAGGGCCAAGUGCAUCCUUGGAAAGGACUACCCUCUUCCAAUUGUGGACCAUGCAGAGGCCAGUAAGCGGUGUCGCGACGUCAUGGGUACAGCCUAUGCUGCGAAUCGCUUGGCUGCCAAUGCGGUGCAGUUGGAAAUCGCUCAGCUACUGCUACCUCUACUGCAUCAAGGGGGUCUGUAUCAACCGCCCCUGGACGAGUGGGUGGUCACAGAGCUGUCCCGGAGAUGGCGGCGAUCGAGGGGGAUAGGCCCACAAAUCGGACGAGAAGGGCAGGUUCCACUGGAGAGGGGGAAAGAGGCGAAGGAAAGCUAGGUGUGACAAAGAAGAAACAAAAGAUGAUAGAUGAUAUUUUUCAUGGUAAAAAAGCACACAAGGAUGAUUGAUUGCGUUUCUUGUUUAUACAUCUUAUGGAAAUGUGUAAUAGCGGAGCCUGGAGAUCGGUGCACACGCGGCAUUUGCAGGAUAGG